CACAGAGAAUUGGCUAUAACGUUACCAUCUAACGCACACUCUUGCCUCAGCAUCUGCUCCGUUCUUUUUGGUGAGGUGAGGUGAGGGGGGAAACGCUGUGAGCCUCCGCACGCGCUUUUGUUCAGUGUCUCCUCGCGACCGGCGAAGUGCGCGCCGUUUCGAGCUCUUCUCUGCGCGAGCGCUGCACGAGACGCAGGCUGAGGAGAAAUAUCGUGCUUUUUGAAUUAUUUUAACGAAGGAGUCAAUUUUAACACAUUUCUGAGGCUGAACAGAUUUAUACAUUUUGAAUGGUUUACCUCAGCGGCUGUUAUCACCUACUCUGCUGUAUCUGAUGCGAAGCGGCAUUCCUGUGGACUUUCUGAGGCGACGACACGCUUUACUUCAGGGAAGGAUGCUGGGGGAGCUCCGCUUGACUGCGCUCCAGCCUCUCCUGGCUGUGUGUCUGCUCUUCACCCUGGAACACAGCACAGUGAGCUGUGACACUGUGGUUAACAUGCGUAAAGUGACUCACCAGAGGGUCCAGGAGCCUCUGUCGGGUACGGCCCUCCUGCCAUGUGUUUUCACCCUGCGCCCGAGUCCUUCUCACGAACCGCCCCGCAUCAAAUGGACCAAACUGUGGGGUCAACGUGGCGCGGACGGCCUACAAAAGCAGCAAUCUAUUCUGGUGGCUAAAGACAAUAUAAUAAAGGUGAAGAAAGCCUUCCAGGGUCGCGUCACCUUGCCGGGGUACACGGAGAACCGCUACAACGCCAGCUUGGUUCUGACAGGCCUGAGAUCCAGCGACUCGGGAAUGUACCGCUGUGAGGUCGUGGUCGGCAUUAAUGACGAACAAGAUACAGUGCCUCUUCAGGUCACGGGAGUGGUUUUCCAUUACCGCGCGCCCCACGACCGCUACGCGUUGUCCUUCUCAGAUGCCAAACGAGUUUGUGUGGAGAACUCUGCUAACAUUGCAACACCGGCCCAGCUGCAGGCCACUUUUGAUGACGGAUACGACAACUGCGAUGCCGGUUGGCUGUCGGACCAGACUGUGAGGUAUCCCAUCCAGUCCCCUCGGCCUGGCUGCUACGGCGACAGGGAGGACUCACCUGGCGUAAGGAACUACGGCAGCCGAGCCCCCGAUGAGAUGUUUGAUGUGUACUGCUUUGCCAACAGCCUGCAAGGUGAAGUAUUCCACACCAGUGUGCCGGAGAAGUUGAGCCUGGCAUCUGCCUCCACUCACUGCCACAUUCUGGGAGCUCAACUAGCCACAGUCGGGCAACUUUACCUGGCCUGGCAGGGUGGUCUAGACCGCUGCGACCCCGGUUGGCUAGCCGACGGCAGCGUGCGUUAUCCAAUCAACGUGCCCCGGCGUAACUGCGGAGGGGAUGAACCAGGAGUACGGACCGUUUACCACAACCCCAACCGCACCGGCUUCCCAGACACUACUGAUCUCUUUGAUGCCUACUGCUAUCAAGAGAAGAAUUUUGAAGAGCAGGCGGCGAUACUCCACAUGACUCUAGAAAACUCCACUUUGAGCUCUUCAAGCGCUGAAGAGGUGCAGCUCCAAAGAAACGGAGUCUUCCCUGAACCUUCAACUUGGACCGGUCUGGUCGAUCUGGAGAAGGAAGAUUUCAAGUCCAUCAUAAACAACGAAUCUUCAGAAAUCUCAGAGGAGCAUGUUGUAAUCCAUCUUGAACCUGAAGAAAGGUCUGUAGACUGGGAAGACGAUCCCAAAGAUGCUGUGGAGAAGCAGGAGAACCUUCAAGGAGGUUCAGCGAAAGAGGAAACCGAUGAUCCCGAUGGUCCCUAUGUAUCUCCUGACCCAUCCUCAACUGCGCCUUCCUCCUCUACGCAAGCUCAGACCAGCAACAGCGUCAUUUCCAACUUUGUGAACACAAUCAUGAAGCCAUUUCGGUACUGGACCGGGACUGGAGAGCCUCAAAUACCAGCCACAGAGUCCAGUCUCUACAGAGGAACCUCAGAAAUGGUCCCACCUGCCAGGACGAAGCCAAGUAGAGGGAAAACAAGCAAAGGAGGUGCUGAUAAUGCCAUUGUGGAGCCAAAUACUAAGGGACAUUCAUAUGACCCUUCCUCAUCAGAUCCAGAAGAAGAGCUCCUGGAGCAGGAGAAGGAGGUGGUCCUAAUGGCUGCACAGCAGGAGAUAAAGAGUCCAAGCAAUUCUCAUAUGGAUCAUCCAUAUUCACAGGCCUUCACAGACAGUUUCACCGGACCAUCCAAAGGAGCAAUUGGAUCCGGAACAGCAGAUCCGACUCUUUCUUCAAGUCCUUCAGCAUCUAAAAGCUUCGGUUCAAUGAGGAGCAGCCAACAAAUUUGGGCGCUAAAGUCCUUGAAAGUCGCCCCAAGCAAUAAUAGGCAUUUCAUAACUCAAACAAGCAGUCCAAUGGAAGCCAAAAGGGGCGUUUUGGAGAUUAUGACCAUUCCUGUCUCCAGGAACAACCCUGAGAACUUCUCCGGGGAAGGGAAAGAUUUGAACGAGGACAGUUAUCCUAUUCCCAAAGGUCCUCUGCCGUCAUUAUCUGCAGAGGAUGAAAAAGAUGCAGAGGGAAGUGGAGGGAAAGACAUACCAUUCACCCAUGACAGCCAAAUGAAAGGAUCCGAUGACCACGGCAUCCCGCUGGAGACCACUGUCAAAUGGCAGCUUACGAGUCUCCAGACGACUCAACCUACUGGUGCGUCCAGUUCUUCUGAACCUAAGCACAUGGAACCGGCCAGCACAGCUGAGGAAGCCAGGGGGGAAAUUGCGUACGUCCAUCGGCCUAUUGAAAAGCGCAAAAACAAUCCCUCGAACAAAGUCAAUGUGCCUUUCGUUAAACGGAAGCAAGAUGUAGAGUUGACCAGGGCACCGGAAGUGCACACUUACAACAUGCCUACCACAUCAAGUCCUGUCGUUCCCAGCAAGGUCGAGCUAGCAAUUACGUCAACCAAUAGGAUCCCCCCUUUCCAGUCUGGAGAAGAAACCACUACCGAAGACAUUUUGUGUACUCCAGAUCCAGCCAUUUCCAGCACGUGGUUACCUGUGGUUCAAGAGGAAGUAGAUACUCCACAACCGAAAGUUCCUACGAUACCAACGACCCAAGCUGGACCUACGGUUCAGCCAACAAGUCCAGAUCCAAACAAUGCUUCGCAUCAGGCUGAGUCCAGGUCAGGAGGGUCGGAGUCGUUUGUGGGGGCUCAUGGCUGGAUAACAUCCAAACCGGUUCCUAUGGAGGAGCCUUCAUCCCAGACCACAGGAAGUCCAGAGAAAGACACCACAAACACAACUGCGGCUGGAUGGAAAAACAGCCCCUCCAGAAGUUCAGAAGAUGAUCCCUGCCAGACCAACCCGUGCCUGCAUGGUGGGAGCUGUCUGACCGAGGGGGAAGGAUAUAGUUGCCUUUGCCCUCAGGGCUAUUCAGGAGAGAGCUGCGAGAUCGAUAUUGAUGAUUGUCAGUCCAAUCCAUGUCAGAAUGGAGGUACCUGCAUUGACGAGAUCAACUCUUUUGUAUGUCUGUGUCUGCCCAGCUAUGGUGGAGCCACUUGUGAGAAAGAUACUGAGGGUUGCGAGCACAACUGGAGGAAGUUUCACGGCCACUGCUACAGGUACUUCACCCGUAGACACACAUGGGAGGACGCUGAGAAGGACUGCAGAGAGCACAGCGGUCACUUGGCCAGUAUCCACUCCACGCAAGAGCAGGACUUCAUUAAUGGAAUGAGCCAUGAGAACACAUGGAUUGGCCUGAAUGACAGGAUGGUGGAAGAUGACUUCCAGUGGACCGAUAACAUGGAUCUGCAAUAUGAGAACUGGAGAGAGAACCAGCCGGAUAAUUUCUUUGCGGGCGGAGAGGACUGCGUGGUGAUGAUCGCCCAUGAGAAUGGCAAAUGGAACGAUGUGCCCUGCAACUACAACCUGCCCUACAUCUGCAAGAAAGGCACAGUACUAUGCGGAGCUCCGCCGGCCGUGGACAAUGCUUUCCUGAUUGGUAGGAAGCGUUCGCACUACGACAUACACUCUGUGGUACGUUACCAGUGCGAUGAUGGUUUCCUCCAGCGCCACAUCCCUACCACUAAGUGUCGUGCCAAUGGCAAAUGGGACCGACCCAAGAUCAUCUGUACAAAGUCACGGAGAUCUCACCGCUACAGACGCCACCACCACAAGUCCCACCACGAGCGCAGAAAGCACAAGAGGCACGGUUCAGGAGGUCAUCGAGGUCAACAGGAGGGUCACGGCCAUUUCUAACCAAAUAAUCCCCUCCUUUCCGCCAGCCUUUCACCUAAACCUCCUUAUCUUUGAUAUCCGACGGCCUUUCACCUUUUCCCUCUUCUCGCCUGGGUCAGUCUACCCCCAUUAUGAUCAGAGGGGGCACUGCUGGACCUCACAAGGACUAUAACAAUUUUACUUUUCCGUCUCUUUAUCCGUUAAUGUUCCAUCUCAUUUUAGUGAAUCAACCGUGAGGAAAGUUCUUUCGUACCUUCAAUGUAGAAAACACUCUAGGUAACUGUUUAUGUAUUUUUACAUAAGCAUUAAUGGAGCGGGAGAGUUGGUACAACAUGUAAAUAUUGUAUUUCUUUUCAAAAUGCAGGAUCAAAUCAAAACCGCCAGGAAAUGCUUGGUAUCCGUUAGCUCAUGCAGUAUUUCUUGACCGUUUUGACGUUGGUUUGCUCUUUGUAAGACAUUAACCUAAUUUAUACAGUAUUUCUGAGUAUUGAUGUGUUUUGGGUUGCGAGGAGUGGUGCUCAUCCUGAUUUUCAGUGCAUAAACUGCGCAAUUCACGCAAAAAUAAAAAGAAAAUUCAUCCUCAUGUUGUUCUAAACCCAUACGACUUUAUUUCCUCCAUUGAAGCGCAGAGAUGAGUGAAUGGCAACAUUUCAAACUUCAAAAAACUUCAAAAAAGCAGCAUAAAAUUAGUUGUUUUUUGUUUUUUGUAGCCGUACAAUAGAUAUGUGCGAGAAACAAAGGUUUUUAAUAAUCAAAAGCCGUUAUCGUUAAUCUCCCCUCAAUUGUAACUUUCACAAAAAUGUGAUGUUUGAUGUCAAUGAUGUCAAAUCUGGCAGCUUGAUGACAAACGAGAUUUCAGACCCAUAUCGGUGGAGUUCUCUGUGAAUAAUCAUUUAAAUUUCACAUUUAAUAAGAAGGAUAUAGAACACAUAUAGUCAUACAAACCACUUUAAUGAUCAUUUUACAGUACUUUUAGUCAUUUUAGGAGCUGUUACAGCCCGGGUCUACAUCCAUUUUUAUUGUAUGGAAAAGAGCAGCUUGAACACUCUGCAAAGUGUCUUCUUUUGUACUCCACAGACAAAAAAAAAAAAAAAAAAAAAAAGGUAAUACGGGUUUGGGAAGACAUGAGGGUGAAUAAAUGACAUACUUUUCAUUUUUGGGGUCAAAAUAUUAUGUUAUGUUCUACAGCCCUUAACUAGCAAUUAACACAGAUAAAUAUCAACCCUUGACUGAAUUAGACAAGAUUUGACAAGAAUUAGGUAAAAUAUGCCACUGUAAAAUCCCCCCUACUAGUGGUCCCUCAAUCUGUUAUUGAUAGUCUAUGUCAUGAUCUCCUACUUUCUCACCCACAGAGGAGAAAUUGUUCUGUCAGAGACUGUCGUCGAGAAAAAAAGCGAGAAUUAGAGAGACGGAAAGAGAGGUUCGACUUGCCGGUCUUAAUUGCACUCGGCUACAUAUACGGCACAUCAAACUGAGCCAGUGACAAGGUACUUUUAACAGCCUCGGGGGUCGAACGCUACGCCUGUAAUUAGCUUCUCAAUGUGGCACAGUUGGGGAAGAAAUAAAAUAGGGAUGGAUUCCCAUGAGUGGGACGAGAACGAAAACAAAGAAUCCAGAUGGUGUGAUAUCACAUACAGGUUAGAUGUUAAAAGUGCUCAUGGGUAAAUUUCAAAGGCAGGGAUACCUCCAGCACUGAAGAUCAGAAGGUUAAAAAGGAAAGGCUCAUGCAGAAGAAAGCCAGUUGAGAUUCAGCAUUUGGCCUUCUGUUCUCCUCAGAGCGAAAGAUGUGAUCUGGGCUCACUGUGGUUUUAUAACGCACACUUUUUUUUCUUACCUACCAGGUGCGUGUCCUGUUUUUCAAAGAGUACUGCGACAGCUGACUCAAAAAUGAGGACUGCUCCUUAUUCUCUGCCCUCUCAACUAUCCUCCUUACUUUAAAAAAGGGCAGAGUCUUUAUUUUGCAGAGCAUUUUUUCUAAUGCCGAGGUUUGUGCUUAUCUCGCGCUGUUCCUCUCUCAAUUUCCCCAUGAGAUUGCAAACGUAGCCCAGUUCUCCGCCAACUUCUUUUCAACGUCAGCGCUCCCUCAUCAUUCCUUCUCUACCUUUAUCCACCUUUUUUAAUGAAAUAUCCCAAAAUUCAGAGACUGUGAAAAGCCAGUAGUCUGAAUAUCUGAACGAUUAAUCUUUUUUUUUCAAGCAAGCUUAAUUAAUGUUGAGGUUACUGACAAUUUUUUUUUAUAAAGAAGGAAUUGACUUCAAGAAAAGGAUGAUUUUAAUUUUGAAAAAAACUGUUUUUGAACAUUUUGAAGUUUAGUCAAAACCAGAAAAACGUAUUAUAGGGUUAAUUUCACAAAAACAGAAAAAUCUAGGUCAUAUUUCACCCCAAUUUAAUAAAAUUUGACUAACAUUGUAGUAAAAGAAAUAAUACCAUAAAUAUUGUUAUAAUUGUUAUUUAUGUUUUUUUAUUCAUUUUGUGAAUAUACACACUAUAUUGCCAAAAGUAUUGGGACACCCCUCCAAAUCAUUGAAUUCAGGUGUUCCAAUCACUUCCAUGGCCACAGGUGUAUAAAAUCAAGCACCUAGGCAUGCAAACUGCUUCUACAAACAUUUGUGAAAGAAUGGGUCACUCUCAGGAGCUCAGUGAAUUCAAGCGUGGUACUGUGAUAGGUUGCCACCUGUGCAAUAAGUCCAUUCGUGAAAUUUCCUCACUACUAAAUAUUCCACGAUCAACUGUUAGUGGUAUAACAAAGUGAAAGCAAUUGGGAACAACAGCAACUCAGCCACGAAGUGGUAGGCCACGUAAAAUCACAGAGCGGGGUCAGCGCAUGCUGAGGCGCACAGUGCGCAGAAGUUGGCAACUUUCUGCAGAGUCAAUAGCUGCAGACCUCCAAACUUCAUGUGGCCUUCAGAUUAGCUCAAGAACAGUGCAUAGAGAGCUUCAUGGAAUGGAGAUGGGAUGAAUUAGGGCGGAGACUGCGAGCCAGGCCUUCUUGCCAACAUCACUGCCUGACCUCACAAAUGCCCUUCUAGAAGAAUGGUCAAAAAUUCCCAUAAACACACUCCUAAACCUUGUGGAAAGCCAUCCCAGAAGAGUUGUAGCUGUUAUAGCUGCAAAGGGUGGGCCAACUCAAUAUUAAACCCUACGGAUUAAGAAUGGGAUGUCAUUAAAGUUCAUGUGCAUGUAAAGGCAGGCAUCCCAAAACUUUUGGCAAUAUAGUGUAUAUAUAUAUAUAAGCAAUAAGGUACGAUCGAGGCUGUGCUGUUUCAUGAAUAAGUCACGGCUGAAGGGCGUUGUUAGGCAUGACGUGAAGCGGAGCGUUAUUCACGAUACAGCACUAGCCUCGAGUACCUUAUUGCUUUUAUAAAACGGUUACCACACAAUACAUAUAUUAAAGCCAAAAAUAUGUAUCAUGCAACUUUCAUGAACUAAACUUUCACUAAAAGCAUUCCUUCUGCCGGAAAAAAUAGUCCCUGACCGUGAACAGCAACAGAAGUUAUAUUAUUACACCAUUAGAUGGCGGCAAAGACUGUCUUUAUGAUUGUGUCAGUCAGUAGCGAAGACUUUUUUUACAUUGAAAAGACUCAAGACACAACUGACAAAUGUUUUGACUAGCGCUGUCAGUCAAGGGAAAACCUCUUAACUGUUAAAAGGAUAGGAUAAUACAUCAGACAUUUAAACAGAUUUUUUAUUAUGAACAUAGGACUGACCUGAAGGAAAAUGCUAAAUCUGAAUGCAGGUAAUAAACUCGCUCAAUUGAUCUCUUUCUCACAAUACUCUUCUAGUCUUACAUAAUACAGGAAGCUUCAAUGAACAAUAUCAGCUGAGAACAAACAGUUUACGUUGUUAAGAGUGGUUGCUAAGGGUGUUGUGUAGUGAUACCCAGAACCGUUGGGUGAAGCGGUCAUAGCCGUGUUUUAUCGUGAAUAAAACACAGCUAUUGACCAAUCAAAAUCAAGGACAGGAACUAACCGUUUUAUAUAUAUAUAUAUAUACACAGUAUCCUUAAAGAAAAAUAUUUUUUUAUUUUGGGGUGAAGAAGGACCAUAUUCUAAACAGGUUUUGCGUGAUUCAUUCGAAUGCCUAUGCAUGAUUUGCAUUGAACAGGAGGUGUACCAGUGUUGUGCAAUUUGUCUGUCAAAAUUGGAGUCUCGUUCUGAUACCCAGUAUCCUAAUAAUCCAUAUUAGCUGCUAAUGUACCUCUAUAUCACACUAAUAGCUCUUUACAGCCCUCAGCUCAGGCUAGCUAAGGAAGGCAGAUGGCUAACAAUGUGGCAACUUAAUUGCGAGCCUUGAUUAUAAAAAUGAACCUCUAAACAAAGAAUGUUCACAGCUGUCUUUUGGCAAGCAUUCUGGAGAACCGUAAGAGGCAGCUGUGGGAUUUUCUUGUGGCAAGUUCUCUGACUAAUUGCCACAGAGCAAUUGCUAUCCCAGAGGUUGUUAUGCUUGCUGCACCACCCCUUUGUAGUUACAUUUGUGAAACAUAGUGUUAUUUAGGCUUGUUUGCAUGACUCAUUCAGCCAGAUUUGUCAACUUUCUCACAAGCAAAAUAUGCGAAAUACUCUUGCGCAUCUCACAAUAGCUGCCAACACUUUGUUUGCAAUCUGCCGCUGCAGUCGAGUAUGGUGUUUUUCCAUUUACUCCGUUUUGAUACAAUGUGCACGUUGUAACGAGAGUUUAACCUUGUCCUUUUCGUAUUCACAUGAUUGUUGGAGGUAAAGAGGAAGCUGUGGAGGUGAGACAGGAGCACGAUGUCCUCUGUUUAAUCAGGACUGCAGGUAAUACACCACAUCCAUCAUCACCUUCAGGAGUAUCACAGCAAGAGUAGCACAUCUGAAUUUUUAGUGGGUUAUCUUCGUCUGCUGGAAAUGUCUUGGAUUGGAUGGUGUCAGAAAGGGAAUUACCAUGACAAAGAAUGCCAGUUCAUCUGCUGGUGGCAGUGCAGAUUGUUCUGGAAAUCGCAGCUGCUUAGUAUACUUAACCCGAACCUCCAGCGUUCCCUGUUCACCUAAACCGUGCUUACAUAGUCUGCCCUUUACCUCAUAUAAAUCUCUAUUGGCACAUAAUCCUAUCUGUAAAUUCCAUCCCAGCCGGCUGUCAUAUCAUUACAGCCAACUUUGUCAUGCACAUGGUUCUUGGGAUGUUAGCGCUGUAGAAGAGGACCUUAAAAAAGAUUCAGUGAUACAGAUUAACAUAUUGUAAGUUUUUUUUUUUAGGUUUCCAUGCUCCAUUGAUGUCCUGUGUAAAUGAGUUACACCUCAGAUCAUGAGACAUAUUGAGGAAAGGUGUGCUAUUUCUUUUCUAAGUGGUUGGAAUUUCGUGAUAAAACUGAAAAGAAAAAAAAGUGUAAACUCACAUUGAAGGAGAGACCCAAGCCAUAACAUCAUAGAGACUUAAAGGUGGCGCUUUCGACUUGGUUUAGUAAAUAACCACCCAAAACACCCUAGCAACCAUGAUAGCAAUGUGUUAAAUACCGCUCAUCAUUCUACCGAGUUUUGCCCAGGUAAUUUCACAUUUUAUCUUGAUAUGGUUGUGUGUUUAGCUUUACAUUGAUAUCCAACGUUUUCAAACUUAUUAUGAGAUCAUCCAGUCACAUUUAUACCUUUCGUGAAAAAUUGUAGUUUUUGUUUAAUUUUCAUCUAAAGAACCAAGACUAUAAGAUUUUCAUGUAUAUUUACAGUUAACGCUGUUAUUUCUGUAUAUUUAUUAUUCAACCCAGCAUUCCCCAGCAUUCUCCUAAAUUCAUUCCUUCAGCAGUAGCAAAGCAACCUUUCGACACCACUCCUCAGCUCUGUGAUGUACAGACUUUGUUUUCGAUUCUUGACGUUUUCCUUCAUUUUUUAUGUAUGUAUGUAUUUAUUUAUUUUUCACUUUUUUAAAAUGAAAUCUGGAUGUGUUUGAGUCCCUGGACCUUAGUCACACAGGCUAAUUCUCCGUCCGUUCUCCAAUGCUAGGCAGAAAACACCACUGCUGCUGCAUCAAACAUUAAACACAAUCUUCUACAUUGAGAUACUGUUGUUUUUUAAAACAUUUUCUUCAGCAGGAUGACCGAGUUAGGCUGUGUGAAUGCUGUCCAUGUGUGUUAUUCAAUAUUUAUUGAUGUUCUUAUGAAUUCUAGUUCUGUCAUUGUAUCAUAUUCUUUACCAAACAAGUGUUCAAUUAAAAACAUUGGAUGGGA